AUGAAUCUUGGGAUGUGUCAUCCAGAUCUGAGGGCUAUGGCCUCAUCUGUGGGUAGAAAAGGUUCGAAAGGUCUUUAUCCACACGUUAAGUGGAAUUAUGUUUCCAUGCUCUUCUCAGAAGAGUUCUGGAACAUGGGGAAUGACCUAUUCGAGCUUCUUUCUUCGACAAAACACUGUUACGCGACCAACCCCCGCGAUAAAAUCUUUGCCUUAAUCGGACUCGCGGGUGACAAGACUUUUGGUAUUAGACCAAAUUACAAUAAGACUAAAUCAGUAGUCUUUACAGAGUUUGCCUUGAAUGUUAUAUCAGAAACAAGGAACCUUAAGGUCCUCAACUACUCAGACGUGGAAGAUCCUAAUGACGAAGAACGACUCCCUCUUUGGGCACCCAGGUGGCAACACGAGGCGACUCCUGGUUAUUGCGACAUGAGUCUCUUUGGUUUCAAAUCUUCAAAUGGCUUGGAGCUUAAUUUGGAAUCUUCAAUCAACACUCAAGUCUUACCGUUGAAUGGUCUAUACGUCGAUCAGGUCAAAGAGUCUUAUGCUCAAGAUAUAAAGCCAGAUCUAAAUUGCAUGGCUAUCGGGAGUAUGGUCACCAAUCAAAGACGACUACUGAAACAUCAGUACGGGUUGGAUAUGAUCAGAGCAAUUGCUUUGACGAUGAUAAAAGGCAGGACCCUGCUGUUAUAUGCUGAUACGGAGUGCAAGCGCCCAACAGACGACUCCUAUCUCAAUGCCUUCACAGCCUUUGCUUUCCGGUCAUUUGUGGCGUCUUUCGUCAAGAUCGAUGAUGGCGAGAGAUACCAGAAAGCAAUACUUCAGCUGAUCAAGAUGGCGAUCGAUGCUCGUCCCCCAAUAUCACAAAAUGACCCCGACUGGGACAGGCCUGGGCUAAGGAAGUUUGUGAACGAUAAGCUAGCCCAUCUCCAUCCAGACAGUAUGGAAACUGUAUCAUCUUACAUGGAAGUUCUUGGCAGAAUGCCGUGCGACAUUGAGGACUUUUUGACAUUCGCGCAGGAUUUUGGGUACUCUUGCCAUAGAAAGUUCUUCAUCACGGGAAAAGGCUAUAUUGGCACUGGCCCUCGUUCGUUAGAGCCCGGAGACUUUGUGUGUAUUCUGUUUGGGGGAGACACCCCGUAUAUCGUCCGCCAAAGGCCAUCGGCUAGUGACGAGUAUCUAUUCCUUGGAACUACCUAUGUUCAUGGAAUUAUGGAAGGGGAGGCCAUCACCACCUGGCAGGAGCAGAAGGAUUCUCAAGAUCCAAAAUUCCAGGAACGGCUUUUCAAGCUGAUAUGA